AUGAAGUCUUCGGCUGUUUGUUUUUCAGAUUUAAUCAGAGAUAAAUGCAUUAAGGAUAAAAUAUUGACUUCUUAUAAAACAGACCUUAAUAUAAAAUGUUUAGAUUCAAUUGACAUACUUUCAAAGUUUCUUGAAACAGGAAAACUUGAAUUUCCAGAAGAUGAAGAUCAUUAUCACGAUAUUUUUGAAAUCGGAAAACAUUUUGGGAACCAAAUUUUGAUCCAAAUAUAUAUUGAAUAUAUUAAAUUAGACAAAUAUAUUACAAAAGAAAAUGUAUUUCAGAAAUAUCAAAUUUCGGUUUUGGAAAAUGACACUUCAACAGAAAAAGAGUGCAUUGAAUUCAUUUCAUCACACUUAUAUUGCUUUUCUGACAAUGAUAUCAUUGAAAAUUUCGCAAAAAAUGGUUAUGAAUUUUGUGAAAAAAUCCUUAGCUCGAAACAGUUAAAGAUCAUUAAUGAAGAUAAGUUAGCCUUAUUACUUUUAGAGAUCUGCAAGAUGAACAACGCAUUAUUUGAUUUAUUUAGAUAUAUCAAAUUAUCCUUUUGUUCUAGUGAAAUUUUAGACCAGAUUUAUAACUUUUCUAUUGAGCGUUCAUUUGAAUCAGUUCUUCUUACUAUAUAUAAUGAAACAAUAAAGAAUUAUCAUUCAUAUCUAAGAGAAAAGUUUGAAAUCUCAAAUCAAUCUAUUUUAUCAUUCGAAAAACCUUUUACUGAAACCAAAAUCACUAUAUCAAAUAAUUAUAUGAAUUUUUAUGACUUUGUAAAGGCAUCAGAAGUAAUUAAAAUGGAAUUAUCAGCUUCAACAAUUAGGGAUGGUAGUUUAUCAAAUAUUAAUUCUUAUCGAAAUGAUGUUAAUUUCCAUACACAAAGUUAUACAAAUUCAUGGAUAAAAGCUGAUCUCAAAGGAUAUAAAUUAAAACCGAUGUUUUAUAUCUUGCAAUCAACAGUUGUAGAAAAUGAUUCUCAUUUUUUGAGGAGAUGGAAGUUAGAAGGAAUCAAAGAAGAUGGAACAACAAUUGUAUUAAACAGUGAUAAAUAUUAUGAAUUUAAUAGAGGAGAAAUCAAAGAAUUUCCACUUCAAACAAAUGAAUAUUUUGUAUCUUUCAAAUUAACUCAAACAGGAGAGAACUCCAGUAAUACGAAUUAUUUACAAAUUAAUAUUUUUGAUUUUAUAGGUGAUUUUGUAAAAAUUUAA